UUCCGAAAAUGGCGACGUCCAUGUGUAAACUGUGUUCCAGUAAACUGUCAACUUUACAGACCUAUUUACGAAGACAAGUCCGUUUGAAUGCUAGAGUCUCCAUUGCAUUGUAUAGUUCAGGGCCAACGCCAGAAGAGGAAGAAGUUUUGCUGAAACCACAGAAAGCUGUAGUUGAAAGUGAAGACAUUAUCGAAAAACUGAGAAAUGUCUCGCGUCUGAGAGGUAACCUCUACAAGCGUCAACACAACUUGCAACCCGAGAUCCGCACAGCAUAUCAGAGGGAGUUGCGUUAUAAGCGACGUAACUAUGCUAAGUUCGGGAAUGAGUCUGGAUUCGACCCCCGGAAAUGUUGGCCAACCCGCAGUGAACUGCGAGAGGAGAUUAGGCUGGAGAACGAGUGGGAGCCAACGCUUGAGAAUAUGAUGAAAAACAUAGAGAGACGCAAACAGGCAGAUGAAUCGAAGAUGGCUAAAAGAGUGGAGACGAUAACCAAGAACAUGGAGAAGAUGGAGGGCUGGAUGAAGGAGUACCACCAGCGGGAGCAGAAGCGAACGGAGGAAGUGAAGGAGAGGGAGCUGAAGAAGAAGAAGCUGCUAGAUGACGCCAUGGCGUACUUCGGCUACAAGGUGGACCCAAGAGAUGAGAAGUUUAAGGAAAUGUUGGAAGAGAAAGCUAAAGAAGAAAAGAGAUUGGCAAAACAGAAGAAGAAGGAAACACAGACAGCAAAACUUAUGGCCCGAAUACAGGCUGAAGCGCAGAGGAAAGACUCAUGAGUCUCACUUGGAGAUGUUCACAGUGACUGGACUUUAACAUGGGACUGAAAUAUUCAAAGAGACAUUUGUGUGGAUGUGUUGGAUAAGUACAUUGUAUGAAAUAUAAUGUAGUGGAAUAAAAUAUCUGUUUUUGUAAAGUUGUAAA